AUGGAAAAAAUAAAUUUUGAAAGAUUUUUAGUUGUGACUGUCUUUGCAUGUGAAAGCAACAACAAAGUCAGCUAGGAAGGAUAGACGGUAGCGAGUUUGGUUGCAACUGUUGGCGAAUCGAUGAUGGCUACAAAAUUUUUUGUUAAGCGAUCGAAAUUCAAUAAUUGACCGCCAUUUCCUUCAUCGGCAUUUCCUUCCGCUUUCGAUAAUCGUACUUCGAAUUUCUUACAACAGUGUACCCAUCCAAAAGUGAACAAGCACUUAAGGGUAAAAAAUUACCCUAAUGACGGCAGGCAGCAGCAGCCGGCGACUGGCCAUUCAUGAAUGUAUGACGCGCGCGCCUCAGUCGAAUACGGACCGGUGUGCAAGAGCGACGUGUUUGAAAAUGUGUCGGAGUGGUUUUAAAAGCGAGUGCGUUUAUUACACAAAUAGUUAGCUUGCCAACUAGUAAAUUUACAAUUGAAACAUGUGUCUAAAAGGUGAAAGAUGUGGUAAAAUCUUAAAAUAAGAGCAAAUGCUUACGAGGUAUGUAUAUGUACGUGUGUUAUCUAAAUGUCUGUGAAGCGAUUAGAAUGAAGCAAGAAUAAAGAAAAUAAAGGUUGAGAAAUUGUGAAAGUGUCUGUGCCAACAAAACCUCAGAGUGCCUCAGAGCGUAAUCGAGUAGAUAAAGAAAAUCUACUCUCAUCAAUUCACACUGCCACAUUCCUAAGCCAAAUAGGAGAAAAUUGCAAUUUUGCAUUGCGUAAAGUGUUUCAAAUUGCAUUGCAAGCAUUAAAAAAAAUACAAAAACCAAACAGCCGGCCUGCGAUUCACUCAUUUUGCCCGCGAAUCACAAAUACUUUCGUUUAUAAUCUCCACAUUAAAAUUUACCUACUCUUCCAAUUCGAAUACGCUGUGCGCCGAAGAUGCCGUUCGUACAGCGCGUCGUUCAACCGACGCGGCUGGCGCUAGCUUCCACCUCCUGCGCUGAUGAGCGCGCGCGAGCCACCAAAUUCCACUGCACACCAGGCAAAUGUAAAAACAACAACUGCAUCAAUAAACAAACUACACAAAUACAACAAACACAACAAUCGAAUGGAGAACACGUGAGAGAGGAAGCUUGCAUUGAGAGCGCUGGCGGUGAUGGUGGUGGUGUAAAUUCAAGGACAACAACCAGUGCCAAGGACACUGCACAGCAGCAGCAGCAGCAGCAGCAGCAGCAAUCGAGGAGUCUUGUAGCAACACCUACCGCUAGUGUUAACCAAACGCCCACUACCACUAUUACCAGAGCGAUAAUACAUGUGUCACAACAAAACGGCGAAACAACGAACACGCUCGACUUCACUACAAAAACAACCGCCACGUCAGCACCAACUACGCCAAUGCGUGACAUUGUCGAUUGCUCUAAUCAUCUUCAUCAUCAUCAUCAUAAUCAAGCAAAUGGCUAUACAUGCAGUUUCAGUUAUGCCACCGAUACGGAAGAAGAAAUCUCUGUGGCAACAACAUCUACUCCAACAGCUGGACCGGUGCUUUCUUUGAAAAAGCUUAAGCAUCAUGUGGAGUUUUUGUCCACUGUUCCUUCACCGACACGCAGCGUCAGUGCUGGCGAAAUGCACGGACCACAACAACAACAACAACAUCAACAACGCCAAUUGCAAUUGCAGCGCCAACGUCAACAACAGCAGCGUACGCAAUCGCCAACAGCCGCAAAAAUUGUCUCCGGUCAUGAAUUUGAAUCAAUUAGUAAUCUAACGCUGAGCAACGCUUUACGUCAAUUGGCAUCGCUGGUGCUAUUAGCAAGCGAUAUAUUCGAUGAGCUGCAGAGCGAGCUGCUUUCGGUGGGCGAGCGGGCACGCAAUGUACAAAGAAAAGUUUUAGCUGUGGAGCAGCGCGUCUCCGCCUACAAUCCGAAGAUGGUCACAGUUCGUAAGUGUCUAAACUAUGCCAUUUUUAAUCACUUAUUUAUUUAAUUGUUUUGUACUUAAAAAACACAAUUUUAGCGCACGAUUGGCUUUCUAUUAGGGCUGGAAGUGCUUUUUUGAAUAGCCGAAUAUCUGAAUAUAGAUAUGAUUAAAAAAAAAUCUUAUCUCCGGAUAUUAACCUGAUAUUCGGAUGAGAAAAAUUAAAGCAUAUUAACCGGAUAACCGGUUCAAUAAAUAGAACGGAUAUUAACGAACGAAUAUUCGAAUACACGAAUAGUCCCAGCCCUACUCGCUAUACAUAUUAUGUAUUUACUUGUACCUAUUUAUUUAAUGUAAAUAUUAGUAGUAUAGUCUAGUUAGGAAAAAGUAGCUUUUUACUGUGAGGCUAACUACAAGGAUCGAAAACAUGAUUUUGCUUAUUUUAAGGGGUUGUGGAACCGUCGUCAUCUUGAAAAUAAGGUUAAUCAACAUAUGUCCCCAAUACACUGAAACACUCAAUUUGGGACCACAACCAAAAUUACACAUCAUCAACAGUUUUUUAAAGUAAGCUAAAAUUUUAUAUUUUUUUUGUCUAAAUAACAAUUUUUACUUACAUACAAACAGGCUCCUGUCUCUAGCAAUUCAUCAGCGCCCUCAAUUUCCCUAUGUCAGUGUACCUAGACAAGAGGGACGACCAUUGAGCGCAGCUUCGUUUUGCAUGCUUAACCAGCUCAGAUUCGGUAAACGCAAGAUGCUAUUGCUGAUAACGCCGCCAGGCUUUCGGAAUGUAUUGCUGUUAAAAAGCAAGUUAAAACUUCCGUUUGAGGCUGCACCGAGUUCCUCAGAGUAGACCGCAAUCGAAUUUGGACUAAUCUCUGUAUCAGCCACGCAGUCUCUUGGCCGUUCUUGCUCACUUCAGUUGAAGUUAACAUUGGCUU